AUGCCCUUAUAUAAAUAUAGAAAGAGCUAGAGCUAGUUUUCAAUAUAUAAUACAAGUAUGGUGAUAGUUGGUGUGGUUCUAUUUGGCCUAGUACUUGUGGUUCACCAUUGGUGGCGAAAUAGAAAUGCAAUAGUUACGAAUUGGCCGAUGUUAGGCAUGUUGCCAACACUGCUGUAUAACAUCCCACGUCUCCAUGACUUCAUAACUGAGAUUAUGAAGAAAAGUGGAGGCACAUUUGAGUUAAAAUGCCCUUUGUUUAGUAGCAUGAAUUUCAUCAUCACAUGCCACCCUUCGAAUCUUCAACACAUCGCCACCACAAAAUUCUCCAACUAUCCCAAAGGAGAAGAGUUUAGGGAGGUGUUUGAUGUUCUAGGGGAUGGGAUUCUCAAUGUUGAUUCUCAUUUAUGGAAACUUCAAAGAAAAAUGUUUCAGCUUUGGACUCAAAGACAUGCUAAGUUUGAUUCAUUCGUUGCAAUGACUCUCUACCGAAAGGUGGUCGAUGACUUAGUCCCAUUUCUUAAUCACGCCACUGAAACCAAAAUCCAGGUUGAUCUACAAGAAACGUUACAGAAAAUGAUCACAUUCGAUAAUGCAAUUUCAUUCAUUUUUGGGCUAGAUCUUUCAUCCUAUUCGUUUAAAUCCUCUAAAAGUGAAUAUCAAAAGGCAUUUAAUGAGAUACAAGAGGCAGUGUUUCUCCGACAUGUUGUACCAAAAAGCUAUUGGAAAUUGCUAAGAUGGUUAGAUAUUGGAACUGAGCGAAAGCUAAGAAUAGCACGAGAAACCUUCGAUGAAUUCAUAUACCAGUGCAUCUCAUUAAAACGAGAUCAAAUGAGCCACAACCAAAGUCAAAAUAAUAGCAAUGCUCAUCAUGAUGGGGAAGCUAACUUGGGUUUGUUAACAAUUUAUAUGGAAGAAAAAGAAAAGCCAUAUUCAGACAAGUUUCUUAGAGACGUUGCAUAUAGUUUCUUGGCAGCGGCUAGAGACACCUUGACUGCUGGAUUAUGUUGGUUCUUUUGGCUUGUGGCAACUCACCCUGAUAUAGAGACCAAAAUUCUUGAAGAAAUGAAAGAAAAGUUGGUAGGAAAUUAUGAUAAUUUAGAUCAUAACAAAAGAGAGGAGUUGAUGAGUAGAUUAGUAUAUCUACAAGCAACAAUAUAUGAAACAUUUCGACUCUAUCCACCGGUGCCUUUCAACAAUAAAACCCCAACUAAAGCAGACGUUUUUCCAAGUGGUCAUCAUGUAAAGCCAAAGCAAAUGGUGUUGACAUCUGUUUAUUCAACGGGGAGAAUGGAAGAAGUUUGGGGAAAAGAUUGUUUGGAUUUUAAGCCAGAGAGAUGGAUUUCAGAGCAAGGAGAAUUUGUGUAUGUACCACCUCACAAGUUUGCAGCUUUUCAUAUUGGAGCAAGGACUUGUUUGGGUAAAGACAUGGCUUUGAUUCAAAUGAAAAUCAUGGCACUCACCAUUCUUAAAAAUUAUCAUUUUCAUAUUGUAGAAGGACAUUUAGUAUGCCCUACUUUGACGAUCACCAUGUACAUGAAUUAUGGACUCAAACUUAGGGUUUCCAAAAGAUCUUUUUGAAUAAAUUAAUUAAUCAUCUAUUAAUAGAGUUAUUGUAUUGUUUUGUUUGGGUUUUAAUAAGAUAUUUUGCGUACUAUAUAGUACGUGUAAAAUAAAAAGGCAAUCCAUAUAUAUUUUUGAAUAUGUA